AUGUCUAGGGGCAUUAUCGUUCCAAUGAGGGAUGACCCACCUGGGAUUUUUCUUAUUAGGAGCAUUAGGGGAAAAGGUUGGAGUUUAAAUACUUAUAGAUACAUGGUUUUGGUAAUAACGUUCAUAGCAUAUACUAGUUACCAUGCUUCAAGAAAACCCAGUAGUAUAGUCAAAAGUGUCCUGGAUCCGAACCCGAAUAGUAAUUCGAACCGGAUUCUUCCCUGGCCCGUUGGUGAUAUCUUUAUUGGGAAGGAAGUAAUGUUUACUAAUACUAGCAUUGAUGCGGUUAGAUUUAGAGAAAACAAGGGCUGGGCACCAUUUAAUGGAGAGGAUGGGACAUCGAAGUUGGGCGAGAUUGAUGUUGCAUUUCUUGCUUGUUAUUCGAUAGGAAUGUAUGUGGCAGGGCAUUUAGGCGAUAGAUUGGACCUUCGGUUGUUCUUGACUACUGGAAUGAUUGGAAGUGGCAUUUUUGUGAUGCUGUUUGGAAUGGGUUACUUUUGGAACAUUCACGUUUUCUGGUUUUAUUUAGUAAUGCAAAUGGUUGCCGGGUUGUUCCAAGCGACGGGGUGGCCUUCAGUUGUUGCCGUUAUUGGUAAUUGGUUUGGCAAGAGGAAGAGGGGACUAAUCAUGGGUAUUUGGAAUGCUCACACGUCGGUAGGAAAUAUCAGUGGAUCGUUGCUUGCUGCUGGUGUUUUGGAUUAUGGGUGGGGCUGGUCUUUUAUUCUUCCAGGCGCGUUUAUAUUCCUGGGUGGGAUAAUGGUGUACAUGUUCUUGGCUGCUUAUCCUGAAGAUGUUGGAUUCCCUGACCUAGAUGGUUCACCUGUGGAGGCUGCAGCAUUGCCUGAUGACGUUGAAACUCAGAUUUCGAAAGUUAGUAUUGCUGGAAAUGAGCAGAAUACUGACGCCCAGUUAACUUCCGUCAACAGGAGAAGUGUUGGGCUUCUUGAAGCUUGUUUAAUACCCGGUGUGAUUCCAUUUGCACUAUGUCUUUUCUUUGCAAAGCUGGUGGCGUACACAUUUUUGUACUGGUUGCCGUUUUAUCUUAGCCACACCGCAAUUGAGGGUCAGUAUAUGUCAGUGAAAUCUGCUGGUAAUCUUUCUACUCUGUUUGAUGUCGGAGGAAUUGUUGGUGGAGUUCUGGCUGGUUACAUAUCUGAUGUUUUUAAGGCUCGGGCCAUUACAGCAGCCAGCUUCAUGUAUGUUGCAAUCCCUGUGAUGCUUCUAUAUCGUGCCUAUGGAAACAUGUCGAAGGCCAUCAACAUUGUACUCAUGAUGAUAGCUGGUUUAUUUGUUAAUGGGCCAUAUGCACUCAUCACAACUGCAGUCUCUGCCGAUCUAGGGACUCAUAGCUCUCUAAGAGGAGAUUCUCGAGCACUGGCAACAGUCACCGCUAUUAUUGAUGGUACUGGAUCUAUUGGUGCUGCUCUCGGUCCUCUUUUGACUGGAUUUCUUUCAACAAAAGGCUGGGAUGCGGUUUUUGUUAUGCUAACAGUUGGAGCUUUUACAGCGGGUCUCCUUUUAUCUCAGCUUGUCGUAACUGAACUUAGGGAGAAAUUUUGUAAACAGAUGCCCAGUAGACAAAAUGAUCUUGCAGGUCCUGCACGUCAACCCCUUUUAAGCGAAAGGAGAUGA